GGUACUGGGAAGUCCAAACUAGCGAUCGAGAUCGGGAAAAGACUUCAAGGGGAAAUAAUAAGCGCCGAUUCCAUGCAGCCUGGCAGAGUAGAUCUGUUCCAGGGAUUGGAGAGGGGUGCCAAUGAUUUUAGAUGCAGUCCUGAUGAUCCGCUGUAGAUCUUUCCUCUCCUCUGAGGUGCAGCUGGAGAACCAUACUAUGCAUCAAUAGCUCAGAACACUUUGUAUGGUGCACUGGUAGAAGUUGGUGAGGAGCUUCUAUGAGAGCCCAGUUUUCCUCAGGGAUCGCAGGAAGAUGAGAUGCUAAGUCUGAUGAGGUUUAUAAAGGACUGGAUAUAAUCACUAAUAAAGUGACAGCAGAGGAGCAGGCACAGUGUCCCCAUCACAUGAUCAGCUUUGUGGACCCUCUGGAGAAUGGAACAGAAAGGGUUCAGUGUGUCUCCUCCACUCCAAAAGCUGAGUUAGAGAAACUGGGAGGUCCAGAACUUCACAAACGCCUGAUGGAUGUGGACCCUGACAUGGCGGCCAUGUUACACCCCAAUGAUGCACGUAAGAUUGCAAGGAGUCUUCAGGUUUUCCAGGAGACAGGAGUCAAGCACAGUCGUCUGCUGGAGGAGCAGAGAGAGCAAGCGGGGGCAGAUGGUCUUGGUGGUCCUCUGCGUUUCUCAAAUCCCUGCAUCUUCUGGCUCCACUCCAGCAUGGAUGCUUUAGAUGAGAGGCUGGAUAAGCGUGUGGAUGAGAUGCUGUCAUUAGGGCUGAUUAAAGAACUAAAAGAUUUCCACCAGCGCUUCAACGAGAAGAAAAUCCAAGACAACAGCCAGGACUACCAGCAUGGUAUCUUCCAGUCUAUUGGGUUUAAAGAAUUCCAUGAGUACCUCACUGCUGGAGGAGACAUCAGCCAGGAGGACCAUGAGAAGCUAAAAAGUAAAGGUAUUGAGGCCCUGAAGCAGGCAACACGGCGUUACGCUCGAAAGCAGAACAAAUGGGUUCGCAAUCGCUUCCUCAAAAGACCAGGUAGCAGUGUUCCACCUGUCUAUGGCUUAGACGUGACAGAUGUGUCCAUCUGGGAAGAAACGGUCCUCAUUCCUGCCCUAGACAUUCUGGACAGCUUUUGCAAGGGAGAACAGCCAUCUGUUGAGCCAAUCACAAUUGAGGGGGUGGGACCACGGAACAAGCGGAGCCACCACACAUGUGAACUGUGUGAUAAAGUAAUCAUCGGUGACCUGGAGUGGACAGCUCAUCUCAAGUCUAAAAGCCACUUGCAUCAUGUCCGGAAGAAGCGGAGAGCUGAGGAGACCUCUGAGCAUCAACAGGGUAUUGGGUCUGAAUUCUCUUCCAAAGCAAAGUGUCAGAGACAGGCAGGUACUACUCCUCACACACCAGGCUCUGAAUUGGGCGUACUCGAACCAGGAACACAGAGGAACCGUGAUAACGAAAGACAGAUUUCUGAGGAGUCCUAACCUGUGUGAAUGAGCGAAAGGAUUUUCAUUUUACAACUUGUGCCAACUGAUGCCUCAGGAGUACAGACCUGCAUGGACUGCAUUAGAGUGGCCUUGAAAACUACACAGAUUAUAUGAUCUUUUCUUUUUUUUCCCCUCUUUGUCUAGACUGAGCCAUUUCAGUCUAUUUUUGCCUGAAUUGAUACAAUAUCCACAUUGCUCUGAGUGAAAUCUCUGCGGGACAUCGUGGAAGUUCUAAUGGAAAUUGUUGUUGGAUGGAAAACCAUUUUUGAGUUUUUAGCUGGAAAAAAUAUCUGAGCUUUACAGAAUUGCACUCUAGCUUUUUUAAAUCUUUUGUCUGGCUUCACAAAGGCCCAGUAGACUUCUGUUUUCUUGCACAAAUGCUCGGUCCUGAUGUCAAGUUUAGUUUGAGUAUAUAAUGAACAUCACAUGGUACAUUUUAUAAUUAAAGUGCUUUGCUAUUUUAAUCCUA